CCUCUCUUUUGUUUUGUUUUCAACCCCUAGUUUUCUUUCUUAAAAAUUUAAAAACAAACAAACCCAAAGGCUAAGCUGAAAGAUAGAACAGAGUGUCUCGGAGAGAAAACCCACUAUCACCCCGACUGCAGAUUUCAAUGUAAUGGGUGCCUUAGACUGGAAAGACGGCAUUGCUACCUUGCCAGGUAGCAACAUACAAUUCCGUUUAAGUGAGUUUGGAACAUUAGAAAUCAUUACUGAAGCAGAAGCCAUAAAAACUCUCUUGGCUUCAGUAAUAAACGCCAAAAUAGCCAGCUUUAACCCUGGUGCUUCCACUCCGGCUGCAACCAAUACCACUGCGGCCUCUGGCACUGAUUCUGAAGAGCCCAAAGACAAAGUGCCUAGUUCUGACAUCCCAGCCUGUGAAACCUGUGGGAAAAUGGACUGCUUGGAGAAUGGGAAGUUUUGUAUUCGAACCUGUGCUCAGCAGCAUAAAGACAUUGACUCUCAAGACAUCCCAGCUGAUUGCAGAAACAGAAUAAGCAGUAGAAACCUUAAUGUCAGCAUUGGCUGCCAGGUUAAUGAGACUAACAGACCCCUCAAGCGACUCCGAAGGAAGAGGAAACUUCUUCUGGAUUCUGAGGAUGAGGAUGAAAAUGUAGAUGAUGAUGAGGAGAAGAAUAAAUCAAAUAAUAUGAAAAGCCGCAGAAAUACUAAACCUCUAAAACAAGUUGUUCCUGGAAAGAAGACGGUAUGGAACUGGGUUUCUUACUUGGAAGAGGAACGGAUGCCAGCUGCUACCCUCAAACUGUUCAAAGAGUAUCAAUCCUUCCCACAAACUAGGAAUGGAUUUAAAGUUGGAAUGAAGUUAGAGGGACUGGAUCCUGGACACCCAUCUUUAUUUUGUGUCCUCACCAUUGUUGAGGUGCAAGGAUACAGGAUGCGGUUACAUUUUGAUGGUUAUUCUGAGUACUAUGACUUCUGGGUUAAUGCUGACUCCCCAGAUAUCCACCCUGUUGGUUGGUGUGAAAAGACAGGUCACAAGCUGCUCUCUCCAAAAGGUUACAAGGAAGGGGAAUUUAAUUGGGUUUUGUAUUUGAAGAAUUGCAAAGCUCAAGCAGCCCCGAAAAACCUUUUCAAGACCCUCAGCACACCUGUCACACCAUCUGGUUUUCGGGUAGGAAUGAAACUAGAGGCAGUGGACAAAAAGAAUCCAUCUUUGAUGUGCGUGGCAAGCAUCGCUGAUAUGUUGGAUAACCGGCUGCUAAUUCAUUUCGACAACUGGGAUGAGAGUUAUGACUAUUGGUGUGAUGCUAGCAGCCCAUAUAUUCGUCCUGUUGGUUACUGCCAAGAAACUGGAACCCCACUGACAACACCACCUGAAUACAAGGAUUCCAAAAGCUUCUCAUGGGAGAAAUAUUUGGAAGAAACCAGUUCCCAGGCAGCCCCAGCAAGAGCAUUUAAACUGGGACUUAUCCUGAAUCAAAAUGCAAUGCUGCCUAACCUAUCAACUAGGAAGCGUCCAGCCCAUGGGUUCCAGGUUAACACAAAGCUAGAGGCUGUGGACAGGAGAAAUCCCAUGUUAAUAAGAGUGGCAACAAUAGCUGAGAAGGAAGAUCAUCGUAUCAAGAUACAUUUUGAUGGUUGGGACCACAGCUAUGAUUUCUGGGUCGACGCAGACAGCUUUGACAUUCACCCUGUGGGCUGGUGUGCAAAAACCGGUCACACCCUGCAGCGCCCGUUAGGUGCUGCUGAUAUGAUGGAAGUAGCAGGGCAGGGGUGUCCUACCCCCGGCUGCCAGGGUAUUGGUCAUGUCAGGGGACCCCGAUAUGGAACACAUUAUACGUUAGUUGGCUGCCCGUAUUCCGAAGUUAACCUCAACAGAGAAAGCUCAUUACAGGAUCGCCUCAGUGGGGAGAGGCCUUCACCCAGCAACAGUGUCCAGAAACCCAAGAGACCAGACACUCCUGUUCCAUUCAUAGACCCACAGGAGGACUCUCCACAGUCCAGAAAAUCUUCCAUGCAAGAUAGUGAAAGAUCUGGUCAAAGCAGCGUCCACAGUCUGUCAGAGCAGUCUGAAAACAGUCAAGAGAAAGACUUGAUGGAAGAGGAAUCAUCUGCAGAUACCAUCGCCAAACCAAAAAAGGUUGGGUGCUCGCAUGCCUAUAGAAAGCUCCAGCUAGUGAAACAGGAAUACGAAGGGAAAGACACAGAAUUUGCUCUGCAGCAGGCCCUCCAUCAGUCUGUCUUCAUGCCCUCCCUGUCCUCCAGCCCGACCCACCGCCUCCAUCUCUGCUGGGAGCAGCACUGCAGAUUGCUGCCGGAGGUUUCCGGCCUCACUGCCAGGAGCGUGGCCAAAUGGACCGUGGAAGAGGUGGCUAGCUUUGUCCAGCGUUUACCUGGCUGUAAGGAACAAGCUUCGGUAUUCAGGGAAGAGCAGAUAGACGGUGAAGCCUUCCUCCUCCUGAACCAGGCGGACAUAGUUAAAAUACUGAGCAUUAAGCUGGGUCCAGCACUGAAAAUCUACAAUGCCAUCCUCAUGUUCAAAUCCGCAGAAGAAGACUGAGAAGAUCCCUCUGAUGCAGGCCAAGAGGGAACAAAGAGAAAAAGGGGGACCGCAUCAGCAACCGAGCGCCUAGUGCCUGCUUUACAUAGUGCUGAAUAGACUGACUGGAACACUUGUAAGCGGGGCCUGAUCACGUUUCAGACUGACUUAAUGUGAAACCCGUUGAAAGGAUAUUGAAGAUGUAAAAAUCCUGCCCCAGCCUGGGAUAGGGGUGAUGUCACUUCCAGGAAGAGGAGAUGAUUAUAUUUUCUAAUUGAAAUUGGUUUUGGUAUAUUGAUCUCUUUUUAAGAUCUAGAAGAAACCUCCCGUUAUAAGGGGAAUCCAGGGUGAUCUUAUUAGAGGAGCUGCUAUCUCAAGCAAAACCCUAUGAGCAAAAUGACUGUUCUGUCUAAUGAUAGUGCCUGAAAGAGUCUGAAUUAUCACCAGCGUGUACAAUAUAUUCUAUAUGUUUAAAACUUGAGGGGGGCAGUAGGAGAACAAAGGGGGACGGGUUGCACUUCAAAGCAAUGCUUUGAAUUCCUCACCACUAUGAAUCAACUGCUGACCCUUUCCAGACUGGUUUUAAAAUCGCACAGUUCGUCGUCUUGCUCUUGGCUUUCAAAUACUCUCAGCUAAUUAGAUGCCUGCAGACCAACAGAACUGCAGCAUUGGGGGUCAAAACAGCUCCAUCACAGGGAUGGUUUGUUAUUUUUGGCAAGAAAGUAGCAAUUCCAAUUCAGACCACAAGGUUCGUAUGACAUGCUCCAGUUUUUCUGAAUGCAGAGUUUAAAAGACUUCAUUCCACCAGGUUUGAUAAAGGCAACUGGAGAGAGCUCUAAGAUAGGCCAGUGAUUGGAAGAAGUUCUGUUUUAAGACAGGCAGUGGUUGGGCAGAGAUAUCUACUGAGGGAGUGGACCACGCUAAAGAUAUUUGGAAAAAUGAUCCUAGCUCGUGCAUGCCCACGAGGGAUAGUUUGGACUAUUGUCAUCUCUAUAUCAUGGAGAUCUUACUGAGGUGAAGGGCAUUCAUGAAUUUGGUGGUCUCACUAAGACCCUCACCACCUUAAGAGCAGCAUCAUGUUUAAACAGUCCUGUUUAAACCCAGUUGUAGCUAGCAUGUUUCUCCUCCCAUUGUGAACAGGACCUCCUAAAAACAUUUGCUUUAGUUUUUAAACAGCAGGUACUGUGUUGAAUGACUAAAGCUUGUCAUGGCACUGUCAUAUAAGAGUUCCUUGGAGCAUUCCAGCAUCGCUGCAGGCAGAAUUGGCAGAGAAGGCUCCUUGGAUGAGGCUGAGGAUUUGAAUGGAAAGGGAAAAGUGCCUUUUGCAUACAGGACUGAGAUGAGGCUUCUGCCAAGAGAGAAUAGGAACAGAGCGAGGCAGCCACCUCUGCUUAAAAUUCCCUACCCUCAACUUGACAAUGGCACCAGACAGUCCCAGGCUUUCUGAGCCUAUUUAGGAAAGGCAGAGGUUCAAGUAAGAGAACUAGCUUGUCCAGAAUGAUACAGGUAGUAAUUGUAUCGGGGGGGACAAAGUGUGUCGCUAUGUCCCUGUGCAAUACAUAACAAUCCAUACACUUUGGUACCAAUAAAGUACUGGCAAUAUUUCCUGCUCUUCCAAAAGAGACAGUGUCAUUUUUAGAGGCAGAAUGCCCCUUGUGUGAUGCCCAAUAUGUGACAAUUACACACAAUUGUUACUACACUGAAAACUCCUUUCAAUAUAGCCUCGGGGAAGUGAUCACUUUUUUCCAUCCCCAAGAGUUCUGUUCUGCGAUCUCCCAUGCCUUGGACCAUCAUGGCUUCAUCCCUGGCCAUCCUGUUCAUUGGGUAGUUGUAUAUCAGAAAUCUGCUUGGGGAUUUUGUUUGCAUGUGGGAGAAGGGGGUAUUCAGAGGGAUCCUCAGGAGCUUAGACAGUAUCUGUCCUCAUAGAAUUCCACCACUCAAGCCUUGGUGUAUGUAAGCGAGUUAGCACUUCUGAAUGCUAUAGCAGUGCUAAUGUUAUGUGACUUGGGUCAGGCUUGCCCUCAGUCAAGACCAAUGCUGGAUGAGUUUCCCAGGGGAUUGCAUGGUGGGAAGAUAUGAACCGCUCUCAGACACCGCCAAAACCCCCCAGCUAUUGUACUUGGAGUCUACAUCACCAGUGUAGCUGCUUUUGUCCUAGUCCCACACCUACCGCAACAGCUAAGUUCUAAACUACCAACUUCUAUUUAAACGCUUUGAACGCAACUGUGUAACACAAACAUAAGGGCAACUGUUGGUCUUCCAGCUAUACCGCCACUACACCCAUGUUCCAACUUUACUUUUCAGCUUCUGAUAGCAAGGUCUCUGUAACCUUCGUCAAGUAAAAAGUCCUUUAAAAUUGUAAAUAGAGCAGAAUCCAGGCUGCUGAAUCUGUUCAGUGUAGGAUUAAUUUGUGGAGCAAUAUGUCUCCCAGCUUUCUAUUUUUGUACAAGGAGUUAAGGAGUUUAAGCCUUCCACACCGAAGAGCUACUGUAAGUAGGGAGUCUUUAUGAUUAAUCUGAAAUAUUAAAUAACAGAUGGUGCACUGCAUACACCACUGCAGUAGAGUUUAGUAAUUUAAGGCAGCUUUGUGGUGCUGGGUCAGAUAUGCACUUUAUAAAAUAAGUACAUUUCCAGUGUGAUAACGGGAUAAUCACCAAAGAGUGCAAUUUCAUUAUCAUAGUCUGAGCAUACUGGUACUAUAUAAAGAAAUGCUGUGGGGAGACUUAGAAUACAGUGGGCUCCUUUUUAUGGUGAAGCUUUUCAUUUUAUGGUAAACUUCACCCUAAGCAAAGGGUCCCUAUAAUUGGAAUCACAAGUAGCACAUCUCAUGCACUGACACACUUCACAUUCUAAUUGAGACACCAUUACUUAGUGGUUAGAGCAGGGGCGUGGGAGGCAUGGCUCCUGGGUUCAGGUCCUGGUUAUUCCACUGACUUGCUUGUGUGAUCUUCAUUGAGUCACUUCAUCACUGUGCCUCCCCAGGAUCUGUAAAACCAGGAUACAACUUACCCAUCUAUGUAAAGUGCUUUGACAUUAUCUGAUGAAUUGUGCUGUGUGAGUGCAGUGUUUCACUAUGUCUCUGUUCCCAAUAAGCAGGUCCUACUGAGUUUCCUGUUUUCCUUCCUUCCCUAAAUUGGGACCCUCAGCAGGAACAGCACAUUGGCUCCUGGCAAAAAAGGGAAAAAAAGAAAAUGAACAUCAGUGAAACAAGCCAUGAGGGUUGCAAUCACUGGGAUUAUUCAGAGAGAAGUGAGAUCUUUAAUUUAGGGGCUUUCUAGCCAGUUGCAUCAAAGAGAAUUUGUACUUGCCUGGAGUUUAUUCAAGAAGAACAAUAGCGGUAGCUUCUAGCCAGGAAGAAGGAAGGGAACCGUUUAGGGAUAGAAGGAGCGGGAAUAUGCUUCUUGUGCUUAUUUUUCUAAUCUGGUCACUUUCUUCGCAGAAUAAGCAAGAACGUGCAUCUAUUAUUAGCUCGAUUCCUUCACAUAUAUAUCUAUUUUUAGUAAAAACAAACAACUUUACAAUAACUAUUCAAGAUUUCAAAUUUUUUUGCCAUCCCAUUUCCAAUAAUUUCAUUGGAAAGCUAAAAAAGUAAAACACCUGAAGUUUUACUUCAGCGUGCUUCCCAGCUCAGGUAGAUGGACAUGCACUAGCUCUGCUCAACCUAUCACGCUUCAAAUAGCAGCGUAGCUGGGGUAGUACAAGCAGCAGCUUGGGGUAGGCCCCCUAAAUACAAACCCACCCAGACCUCAGGGUACAAACUUGGGUGGUUAGACCCCAGCUACACUGCUGUUUUUAGCACGCUAGCUCAAGUGGAGUUAGUGCAUGUCUGUCUACCCAAGCUGGGAAGCACACUUCCAGCUGCAGUGCAGACAUAUUUUAGGAAUAAAGGCUGCCACUUCUGUAAAUACUAGUCAAUUUGUCUUUAAGCAAGAGGUCUGAAAGCACAUGUUUGAAUUAUAUUUGUUUGUUAGUUUGAAACCGGCUCUUUAAUUUCCUUUAAAGUAGAAAGAAAAAUUUUUUGGCUCUUGUCACUUGCUUUGGGGGUUUUCAUGAUCGGACCCUAAACAUAAGCAAAAAAACAGCUGUCAGCCGGACUGAAUUUCAGUUUUAAGACAACAGCUAUUUAAAACAACAAUCAAAGAUAAAUCUAUGACUUCAUCAACACAGCAAUACAAAGCAUGACAAUUAUUACACAUGGAUUAGCAAGGCAAUUGGAAAGCAGAAGUUCUAAAUGAUUUUUGUUAUAUUUGUACAGUAUGUUGCAUUCCCAUCCCCUUUUUAGAAAUCAAAAAUGUUCAGAUCUUUUCUUUUUAAUCCCUCUUAGCAGGGAGUCUUGUUUUCAAAUUUCUGUCUCAUCACAAAUGAACAUCCUUGUAAACUGAUGGUAGCAAAUUUCUGCUCUGUGUAAUUAAUCGCAUUAGAGUUGGACAGAAGCAGUCGGCACCACUGAUAGCAAAAUCAUACAACCAAAGAAAAAGAAUUCAGCCCAGGGGAUAAACCAGUUCAGCUGUAGAAGAUUUCCUGUCUGCUACUUUUAUGCCCUGUUAAGGGAAUGGUACCACAGAAAGCUUUAAAUUUUUUGACAUUUUCUCCAUCACGUGAUGAGCUAGUAUAUUUUCAAACUUCUAUGACUUGAACUGGAAAUAUGAGCAAAAUGGGGAAAUUCACAGUGAGGUUUUCAUUUCAGCAUUUGAAAAUUGUUUGCUAUUUAAUACUUGAACCUUUUAUGCUAGCUGCCCCAUGUUUGACACUGAACUACCACUGAUGCUUUCUUCUGGAAUUGUGAAUAAAAUUAAUAUAAUAUUUG